UUGAAGCGGUACUUAGGAUUUUUCCUGAAAUUCCUUUCGUUUUAAUGCAAAUAAUUCGGCAGCUUCGUGUCCACACUCCUCAGACGCGGGAUCGAUCGCCCGAUCCUCCCUCAGAAGAAUCCUCAGGCAGCGAAAGGAGCCAACGCGGAGUCCGGAACAAAAGUCUCCUUUUCAAUUCGGACUCCAAAUUCUUGAGCUACGAAAAAGUCUUCAGGAUCCUGAAUACUUAGGCUGCGGACUCAUGGCUCGACUCCAUACGGCUUCCCUUCUCUCCACCUCCAAGAAGAAUGAACUACCAGAUCUAAAAACUAAGCUUAGCUCAACGUCCCGGAUUGGUUACACACAUCAGUAUGUUUAAAAUACGUGAAACCUUGUGUACAUUGUUUGGCCUAGUUGGUGGCUGCGAGCCAGCCCCUAGGAUUACGCAGGAAUUCGUUUCCUUAAAUGAUAUUAUAAUACCAUCGCCUGAAGUCGCCGACGGCGGAUGUCCCGUGACGGACGGUGGAUGGCCGACAGGAGUUGCUAGCACUGCACUCGUCAUUGGCAGGGCAUUGCUGCCUUCUGUUGGACUAUAUAUUUAUAAUAAGUGGUGUAUUCACAGAAAGCGAAACCAACAGGAGGAGGCUGUUGCAGAAACCACCACAAGACUGGAACUGCCGUUGGGAGAGAACGACUUCAAUGCACAGGUAGUUAAAGAGAUGGAGCGGAAAAUUAGAGCUGAAUUUGAAGAAGAUAUCUUGGAAAAGGAUAAAUUGAUAGAAGAACUAGCCAACAAACUUGAAGAAGCUCUCCGUCAAGAGGAGAAGAUGGACAAUUUGUUGGCAAUAGAAGAUUUCUUACUCGACGAACUGAAAUGUCAAGAUGAGAAACAGGAACUCAAGCAGCUGUUGAAAGAGAGAGACGUAAUAAUACAAGAAGCUGAAGAGAGGCAGCAGAACAUGACAGCUGAAUUUGAAGAAAAAUUGCUGGAAAAAGAUACUUUGAUAGAAGAUCUAGCCAACAAACUUGAGGCUGCUCUCCGUCAAGAGGAGAAGAUGGACAAUUUGUUGGCAAAAGAACAGCUCUUAGAAGAAGAACUGGACUGGAAAUAUGAGAAACAAGAGUUGGAACACCAAAUUCAGGCCACUUACCAUCUCAUGACAGAGAUGGAGAAGUUGUUGGAGGAGAAGAGCAAGAGUGAGAAAAGGCUAGAGAGCUGCCUGAGAACUUUAGAAGAGGACCUGCUAAACAGAGAUCGCCAAAUAGAAGAUCUCUUAUACGAAGAACGAACCUGGAAAUAUGAGAAACAAGAACUGGAACAUCAAAUUAAGGUUGCUCUCCAACACGGAAAGGAAAUGGAAAACUGCCUUGAAAUAGCAAAGGCCAGAGCAAGUGAGAUGGACAGAUACUUGGCCUCAUUAGAAGACUAUGAAGCAAAGCUUAGAGAUUGCUUUGCUGUGGAGGUCAAGAAGAGGGAUGAGAAGAUACAAGAAAUUGCCGACAAACUUGAGGCUGCUUUCCAUUAUGGAAAGGAGAUAGAAAGCUUUGCUAAAAAAGAAAAGGCCAGAGCAGAUGAGUUGGACAGAUACGCGAACUCCUUACGAGAAUUUGAAACAAACCUGAGAGACAGCUUUGCAGCUGAGGUCACGAAUAGGGAUAGAAAGAUAGAGGAGAUGGCCAGCAAACUUGAGGCUACUCUUCAUUAUGGAAAGGAGAUGGAAAACUUUGCCAAAAAAGAAAAGGCCAGAGCAGAUGAGUUGGACAGAUACGUGAUCUCCUUACGAGAAUUUGAAACAAAGCUUAGAGAUAGCUUUACAGCUGAGGUCAAGAAUAGGGAUAAGAAGAUAGAAGAGAUGGCCAGCAAACUUGAGGCUACUCUCCAUCAAGGCGAGGAGAUGGAGCAUUUGUUGGAGGAGUGCAAGAUCUUGAAGGUAAAGUGCAAGACUUAUGAAGAAAACAUGAUCCAAGAACAAAAACGAGUCAGAGAAAGACAAAGAUUACAGCAAGAAGCUUUGAUGAAUCAGGACAGAUAUAUGUUAACGACACUUCUACAUGGAAUUGCCAAAAGGAAUUUCCACCUUGAACAAAUUGCACUAAGGCACGACAGUACAAUUGUGGAAACCAUUUGCGAAAGAGACGAGAAGCAAUGGAAAGAGCACUACAGAGCCCAACAUGAGAGGAACGACUACAAGAGGAACUGGGAGGUUUUAAUCCAGAUGCUGGAGGACAUCAUAACUGGAGAUGCAGGACAGCAGAAAGCGAAGAACAGAAAAUCUGAAAUUGCAAUGAGUCAUGAAACCCAAACAGAUGAUCCGUCGAAUGAUGACAUGAAGGAUGAAACUUGUGGUCAAAACCCUGAACACGAGAUGCUUAUGAACAAGCACCUAACAGCCAAGACCUAAAAGAACAACACCUCCACAAACAAGAAAAUCUGGGUAACAAGCAAUCUCUGGCUCUAAAUUAAAAGAAAAAAAAAUGGGAAGAGGCAACCUCUGGCGCGGUGCAAUAACCCGUAAGUUAAUGCCUCCAACCAAAAAAAGGUAAAUAAAUAAAUAAAUAAAAACUUGGGAAGAGGCAACCUCUGGC